AUGGGAAUCCCCUCUGUCUUCCUCGCCAGUCAGCCAGUCUCACGUCAGUCUCUUGGUGCACUCGGACGACUCCUCUCACCUCGGCUGUCCUUGUUCGCCGGUCUGCAGUUUAUUUUGGCCGCUUCCGUCUCGAUCAGUCGGGCAAAUCGACUGAAAAUAUCGUAUUUUGAGUUGAGCCUUGGAGUCUUCGAGCGUCUCGCCCGGAGUUCGAGCAGACGAUUUCCAGGAACGUGCUCCGUCUUUCCUGCUCCCGACGAACCUCCGGAAUGGGAGCGAGAUUCCAGGGAAGGUCAGACCGUGAGGAACGAGAGCCGCUGCAUCCCGUUAUCGAACGUGCCGGUCCACGCGCGUUCCUCGAUUUUCCCCCUCCUCCGACGCCCGUGGGUCGACGCGUCGAGUCGCUCCACGCGUGCAGCCUCCGGGACCGACCCGGCCGGCCCCCGUGAAGGGGAUGAGAAAUCCGGCCUUCGCUAUCCAGGUCACGUGAUCCUAUUUCGCCACUGUCGAUCUACCGUCUGUCCCACGCUGCCUUCGGGCGGCGAGGGCGUCACCUCCAUCCUCCGGGAGGGAGUGCUUCGCCCUCCCCCGCGUCCAUAG